AGAAAUUUAAUCAAUACAGUUAUAAAUGUCGGCAUGGUCUUGUUUGUAGUUCAAUUAGAUAAACUGCAGGGCCAAAUACUUUAAUAUUUUACUGCUUAAAUCUAUAUAUCUAUACAUCAUAUAUUAAAGCAAAAUGUUCUGUCAACCGCCAACCGAAACCAAAAACUAACACUAGAAAGAAGUGCUAUAAAUUUGAAUAUAUCAUAUAAUCGAAACAGAAAUGUCUAACAAAUUAAACCACAAUUAAAGUAUUCCCAAGAGUUCUUAAUAUGAUCGAAUAUUGUACAAAAUUUAACAAAUUAUUGCCGAUACUUUGUAUUAUAUCUUUCGUUACAAUCAUCUUUUAUAGUUUGAAUAUAGAUAAAGAAUAUAUUUUAAAAACUUCAGUGAAUUUAUUUCGAAAUCUUAGCCUCAUUAACGAAGGACGUUUAGUCACGAAUAGUAUCAAUCGAUCAUUUUUUAAAAUGUACGACGACGAAAAUAAGACGAUACGUUUUAAUAUUUCAGAUUCCUUUAACGAUUCCGAAACAAAAAUAGUAAAUGCCCAUCCAUACAAAUUCAUAAUUAACCAUUUUGGCUUGUGUGUUAACAAUGGGAAUAGAUUAUCUUUAUUGAUUACGGUGGUUUCGGCAGUUACACACUUCGAAGAAAGGCGAGUGAUAAGAGAAACUUGGGGUGGAUAUGCGAGGAAAUUGGGUGCAAAAUUAAUAUUUUUUAUUGGGCAUCCGAAUCAAGAGAACUUGCAGAGCGAUAUAGUUAAAGAAGAUGGCAUCCACCACGAUAUUAUCCAAGAGAAUUUUUUCGACAGUUACUUGAAUUUAACUAUAAAAACUAUAUCCAUCUUAAAGUGGGUUUCGAAAUACUGUUUUCAAGUUAAACUUGUUUUAAAGAUUGACGACGAUAAUUUUUUGAAUGUUGACCGCCUUUUCAAAUUCGUAAAUGAUAAAGUAGAAGCCAAGAGCAUGUAUGGACUUUUAGCUCAUCGAUGGAUUCCCAGUCGAGAUCCGGAAAAUAAAUGGUUUAUGCCCGUAGAAACCUUUCCGAACUAUUUUUAUCCCGAUUUUUUGGCUGGUCCGGCUUAUUUAUUUACUGGUGAUUGUGCUCCCAUUUUAUACGAAGAAAGUCUUAAAACUGUUCCUCUACACUUAGAAGACGUAUUCGUCACUGGAAUUUUAGCAGAAGCUACAGGUGUGAAGAGGUUACGUCUGAUAGGUGUUAACAAUUUGCAUCAGAUAAUUACUCCGUGUUCCUAUAAAACUAUGAUAAACAGCCAUGACCAUUCUGCCAAAGACAUUUGGAGGUUAUGGAGUGUAGUGCACGGAAAAUUUUUUAUUUGUUUUUCGUAUUAAAAUAUUUAUUUUAAAUAAAGAAAUUGUUACAACAACCAAUGUGUUACUUUUAAAU